GCCGUAAAAGAGGAGGUCGGAGCGAACGUCUAGGUCCAUGCUCCACACCCUGAUCAACGCGGCUGAUUCUCAUCCGCAUACGGGAUCGGGUGGGUGAAUUUAGACUAUAGGUAGCUAACAGUAGUAGUAGGCCUAUUAGUAGUCGUAGUAUUAGUAUAAUUAUAAAUAGUAGCCUGUGUAUUUUUGUAAUCAUUGUGUACCGCUAGUAUUCGUAUUAUUUUUUUUGGUCCCAGAAGUUGCGCAUUACUCCGCCUUCAGUUUCUACCGUUUCCCCAUUACGUGGAGGCUACUUUUCCGAAAACUUAAAUGUCAACGAUGUACUACCAAGCCAUAAGGAGGUUGGUGUUCACUGACUGCAGUUGUGCAACAGACGCGUCCAAAACAUACGAGGAUCUGUUUGAGAAGUUGGACACAAAUAAAGAUGGAAAAGUGGACGUCGCAGAGCUCCGGGCGGGCCUCACUUCCAUGGGCAUCACGUUCCGAAAAGGCGCAGCACAGAAAAUCAUUUCUUCUGGAGACAAAGACAAAGAUUUAGGACUUGAUUUUGAGGAAUUCUCCAAAUACCUAAAGGACCACGAGAAGAAAUUGCGCCUAACAUUCAAGAGUUUGGACAAGAACAACGAUGGAAGGAUAGACCACAUGGAGGUGAGGCAAUCCCUUGCUGAUUUGGGCAUGGACAUAAACCAGGAAGAAGCCAAGAAGAUCCUCCAAAGCAUCGAUGUGGACGGCACUAUGACGGUGGACUGGAAUGAGUGGAAAGCUCAUUUCCUCUUCAACCCUGCCACUAACCUGCAGGAGAUCAUCCGCUACUGGAAGCAUUCCACGGUCCUGGAUAUCGGUGACAGCCUCACCAUCCCAGAUGAGUUCACCGAGGAGGAGAAGACCACGGGCAUCUGGUGGAAACAGCUGUCUGCCGGGGCCAUGGCCGGGGCGGUGUCCCGCACCGGCACCGCCCCGCUGGACAGGAUGAAGGUCUUCAUGCAGGUGCAUUCCACCAAAAGCAACAAGAUCAGCCUCGUGGGAGGUUUCAAGCAGAUGCUCAAAGAAGGAGGUGCCGCAUCCCUGUGGAGAGGGAACGGCAUCAACGUCCUCAAGAUCGCUCCCGAGACGGCCAUUAAGUUUAUGGCUUAUGAGCAGUACAAGAAGCUGUUGUCCAGUGACAGAGGGAAGGUCCGGACCCACGAGCGGUUCAUCGCCGGGUCGCUGGCGGGCGCCACGGCCCAGACCGCCAUCUACCCCAUGGAGGUGAUGAAGACAAGGCUGACUCUGAGAAAAACCGGACAAUAUACUGGAAUGUUCGACUGUGCCAAGAAGAUCCUCCAGAAAGAGGGAGUGAAAGCCUUCUACAAAGGCUAUCUCCCCAACAUAUUGGGCAUCAUUCCAUAUGCUGGGAUAGAUCUGGCUGUGUAUGAGAGUUUGAAGAAUGCUUGGCUGGCCAACUACGCCAAAGACUCGGCCAACCCGGGCAUCCUGGUCCUAUUGGGCUGUGGCACCAUGUCCAGCACCUGCGGUCAGCUGACCAGCUACCCCCUGGCUCUGAUCCGAACACGGAUGCAGGCAGCGGCGUCUAUUGAGGGUGCUGAGCAGAUGUCAAUGAAUCGGAUGGUGAAGAAGAUCGUGGAGAAGGAGGGCUUCUUCGGGCUCUACCGCGGGAUCCUGCCCAACUUCAUGAAGGUCAUCCCGGCCGUCAGCAUCAGCUACGUGGUGUACGAGUACAUGAGGUCUGGUCUGGGGAUCCAGAAGUAGUAGAACACUCCCUGUGUCCCAAACAUGCAUACAACUCAAUAGCCUUUACCCUUGCGUUGCAUUGAGGGAAGUGAAACCUGGAAGCAACUGAGCCUGGAGUCAGUGCUGCAUAACGGCAGCUUCUCCUGCUACUGAACAAGCUGAAAUUCCACCUUAUGUGUGCUGGUUUAUAAGGGUGUUAAAGACAGAUUUUAGUCCUGGUAAAUUAUAAUUUUUUUCACUGGACGCCAGCGACAACCCAGGCGAUAUGCAAGUUUUAUGCAAAUAUGAAAAGUCGUUUCAGAUGUUAUUUACAUAGAACAUGCAAUAAACAGUUGCACUAAGGAAAAGUAUCCUUAUUCAGGCCUAUUUUUGGUGGUCUAUACCGAACUAUUCAUGCCAUUAGUUUUUGUGUAAUUCUGUAUUAGGCUUACAUGUUGUUACCUUGAGACAUAUCGGCCCAUCAUCUGAGUUUGAUCACCCGAGUGCCACUGGUUCUUGAAAAUGUAUCCUUUCUAGUUGAAAGUUGAGACUGCUUUAGCACACUUUGAACAAGGUCAACUUUUGGGGAUGUGUGCCUUAUUCCUUUGUUUUCUCAGAAAUGCAAACCUCUUCGACACCCCCCCCCCCCAAUUGAAAUGCCUUUCCUUCCAAUUUGAAUUAGGUGCUUGUAUCUCCAUUAAAUAUGUAUUUUAA